GCACAACUUCAAACAAUACACGAACGAUACACCCAAAUACGCAAAAAACAUAAUGUUCAGUCGAGCCAAUCGUGUAUGCGUACGUUCCUUUGCAACAGUAGCACCUGCACGAGCACCUCUUGUGAUAAAGAACAACCGCAUUUUGGCGUCCGUCAUUUUGUCGCGCGCACCACAAAUCACUCGCGAUUCGACACCUUUUGAAAAGGCUUAUUUUGACUAUAAAGAAAAGCUCGAACGUCAGAAUGCCACGACAUUCCCCACCGAAUUCUACUUUAAAAAAGGCUCUCUGGCCGAACGACGUUGGAAGGAGGAAGAAGAAGCUCGACGUGCAGCCAUGGCCGACCCAGCCACGUCGCUGACGGACGCAACAGCACAGACACAGGCACACUUUGAACAGACCGAUGCAGCUGCUGCACAAAUGAACAAGGUCGAACUGACCAGCCGACUGACAGAGGCAGACGAAAAGAAAGUUGUCAAAAGUUUGGAUCGCGCAUUGCAGCGAACCUUGUAUUUGGUCGUACACAAACCAGAGGAUGCACAGCAACCAUGGCAGUUUCCCCAGGGUCAAAUUGACUCGAGCGAAUAUCUUCAUGAGGCUGCCGAACGUCAAUUGGGAGAGGAUUGUGGAAAGGAUAUCGAUGUUUGGUUUGUUGGUCGACAGCCAAUCAGUUAUUAUAAGCAAACUGCCGGCAAGAGCAGCGAUGGAUCAGGAUCCAAGACUUUCUUCAUGAAGGCACGUGUGUACGCUGGCCAAGUCCAGCCAAGCAAACAGGUGUCCGAUUUCGCAUGGGUAACCAAGGACGAGCUGCCAAACUAUUUAUCUACUGAAUACUACAACGCCAUCAAGGAUAGCUUAAGCGAGCUAUAAGUAAGAGAUUAGGUGGGAGAUACACCUUGUACACACACAAAACACACGCACACUUACUAGCAUACACACCAUUUGAAUAUAUGUCCAAAAAAAGUUUAACAUUUCAUCCAACGAUCCAACAUAUAUAACAACCUCUUGUUCCCUUUCCCACUCACUUACUCCCCGCCCAGCCGUUUUCUUAUUCUUCCCUUUCUUGUAUUAGAUUUUGUAAUAAAAAGUACUGUCAAUUUGGUUUACUAGAUGCACAUACAACAAGACAAC